AAAAUUUGGUUGUGAAGUGUCUCAAGUUGAAAAUAAUAGUCGCCUGUGUGGAAUUGCAAAAGUAUUGCAAAGAAAAAAAAAAUGAGAUGUUGUAUUGUAUGUAUGCGCUUUCGCUGUGUGAAUGAGGAAGGAAAUAGAAGAAUUUAAAAUCAUGAAUUAUGAAAUAUAAAAGGUCUAAAGGCAGUAUCUGAACAAAUUUAUAAAAAUUUCUGCUGGAAAAUACAAAUAAUUUUCUUAGGUUAUGCGUUACGUAACAGAAGUACGUUAUAUGUACAUAAACCUACUGAAAUAUUCUUUGUAUUCAUAAGCACAUAUGUACACCAAUACUACUAUUCAUGAAUACAUACAAAAACACGAAUGUACAAUACUUUGUUUGCACGAGAGGCACUCGUGUAUUGCUCGUGUUCUAUUCGGUAAUUUCACGAACAUAAAGCCGAAUAUGCGGCUAACAACACGAACACUACAUACGCCAUUGUGCGAUUUUUGUUGGAACUUUAAAGCAAGCAAAUACAGUUGUGACCUGUUCUGUGGCGCACUAAUAUUUUACUUUGGCUGUAGUAGAGAAUAUGUUAUUUGCAAAGGGUUGUAAGCGUAGUCAGAUGAUUUUAUUACCUUAGUUAUACGUUUUAUAAAUAAAACGCAAAGAUGACGGAUUUUGAUACUAAAUUUAUGGAAAUGCAGAAAUAUCUGCCAUUCCUCAGGAAUGUCAUCGAGAAAUUGCGUAGCAGUUCCGAUCAAGAUGAUGACAAUCCGCGCAUGGCGCAAUUGAAAAAAAUGGAAGUGCUUCACGAUUUGCUGAAAGACAACAAGAAAAAAUUAAAAAUGGAGACAUUGAUGAAAUGUGAAGGAUUAUUAUUAAAGCUUGCCAGCAAAAUGGAAAGGAUACCCUUUUUGCAGGGUGAAACUGAAACUUCCAAACCAACAAGUCAUACUUCCAACAUAAAUAACACAACAACAAUGUCAGAAACAGAAGUGCCAAGUAAAACAGAUAAAGUGUCUAGUGUUGAUGUAGUAGAUAUAACAGGACCAGAGAGUCCACCACCACAACCUCUGGAGGAAGUACCACCUGUGGAAAUACCCACAGAACGGCGGAAAUCACCCAUGGAGGGUGAAAAAUUGUCAAGAGAUAGACAUAAACAGGAGCGACAACAGAAACACCACCACCAUCAUUAUCAUCACCAACAGCGCCAUGAACAUCAUGAAAGCAGCCAUCAAUCGCGUGAACAUCACACACAACAACAACAGUCAAAUCUCAAUCGAUCGGUUGCUCGUUCAAGCGAGCGAGAUCGUUCUAGUGAUUCUUCAAAAAUAUUUAAUAGACGCAGUGCUGGCAUGGAGAGCUCAAAAGAUGUGGUACCUCCAACUAUAAACGCCAUAAAUCGUGAUAAGAACCAUGUAGAGUCGUCGCGAAAUCGUGAUCCUCGCGCAUCGAAUGCUUUCGCCCAUGAAAUCUAUUCACCCGAAGAAUGUUGGGAUGAUUUCGAGGUCAAUAAAAGACCGUCAUUUAACACAAGUCAUUCCGCAAAAUCUUUAACACCCGACUCGCCACCAAUAUCGAGGCUGGAAGAUAGAUACCAUGAUACGAUAUUCAAUUUUAAGAAGCACUUGCCGAAAUCGAAUGAUAUGUUUUCGCGAGUACGUAAUCCGGACCCACCUAAGACGGUACCCGGUAGAUCUGCACCCAUUUCCAUACCCGUCAAAGUGCCUACCAUACCGGAGGUAUUGAAAAGCCCGCCAUUGUCAGCUAGUGAUAUCUCAGACUUGCUGAGUGAAAGUGAAGGAAAUGCGAAUGAUAAGAGUAUUCCCAGUAUUGCCGGAAUAGGUACACGUCGUCCGGCGAAGUCGCCGAAUAACACCAUGAGUUCAGCCACUGAAAUAUCACCAAGUGAAGCGUCAAAUCUCGACAAAAUACGUAAAAAGUUCGCCAUUGUUACAAAAGGCUCACCACAGCGGCGAGACAGUCCGGAUAUGUUGAAGCCACCAGUUACAACAACAAAACCGAAAGAUAUGGAAAGUUCUCUGCCCAACGAACGCGUAGCUUUAAAAUAUAAACCACAUCCGCGCGCGGAGCGAAGCACUUAUCAAAAUAAUAGUGACUUGCACGCUACCCCGCCAGCAGAUCCGCGCUUGAAUCCAAAUCGUUUUGUCGGUGCUACAAAUAAGUCAACUCCACCAAGUGCGUCAAAUUCUUUUAAUGCUCAGUUACCCCAGGAUCCCAGAUUAAGGAAGCCUACAGCUGCUGGCGCAAACACAGGCCUCUAUCAACAACCACAAGUAUCACCGCAUAAUAUGACUUCACCGCAAGCGCAAACCAAUUCAAAAGUUAGUGCCACAGUGACCAAGCCACCUGGGCGAAUAUAUCAAAUACCCAGCAUACUGGAUAUUGGUGUGAAAGAUCCGCGCGCCUCACUCAGUCCAAAUUAUCCCAGCGGGCCAAUGGAUCCAAGGCAACGUCUGACAAAUAAUAUACUAAUCAAUCCAACACAAGUGGGAAUAUAUUCGAGAAGAGACUUUCCUGUGACUGUUUCACCGAAAGCCUAUGGCAGUUCUCAACCCCCUAUUGAGUUUGCACCACGAGAAAAUAAGCCCACGUCGACGCAGAGAAGUAAAAGUGGCUACAGCAGCGAAGAAAACUGGGACUCAGAUCCAGAAACGCCGCCGGUUGUAAAUGUACCAAAAAUUAUACCGCCGCCAGUGCCAUUGCACAUUCCACAAAAUCCAAUUAAUCGGUCCUUUAAUGAAUACGUGAAGGGAAAAGAUGCACCUGUGAAUAGUGGUUUUCGGGCAGCCAAUCCACACUUGUUGCCAACACCACCUUUUGAACGCCCAAAUGUCGGGCAUCCUAUGCCGCCGCGGCUAGCCACAAAUCAGCACCUUCACCAAAUCUCUGCCGCAGGAGUACCGCCUCAUAAUCCUAAUCAUAGUAAAUUUAGCGCAUUGCUCAAUGAUAAAACCGAACGCAGCAAGUAUUUCGAAUCGAAAAAGCAAAAACAGAGUGAACCGCGGACAUAUGUGGAAUAUAAGCAAGCAAAAGCGCGCGCUGCCGCGGAAGAGGCAGCGAGAAGAGCAGCUGCAGAGGCGGCAAAGACUGCUGAAAACAGCAAAGAUAUUGGCGAAGUGGCUGAGGUGGAUAGCAGUGUAUUAGCCAAGCUUUCCGAACAGCCACCAGCCGCAUCUACGUUGGAUAAAUUGUAUCGAAGCACCGACUUUAGCACCUGUGAGUUUCCCAAAGCGAAAACUAGCUUUAAAAUACCAAAGAAGACUGUCGAAAAACCAGUCGACAACAGCGAAGCUAAACCAAAAACUGUUGAGAAGAAAGAAGAAGCUAAAGAAAACAAAAGCGAAGUGGAAGUAUCUGAACAAAAACAACAAAAGAAAGAAAAAGAGCAGAAUAUUGUGGACACUGUGAAAAAAAAUAAGACAGCUGAAAAACAGGCGACAGUGCAAGGUGGUAAGAUCGCGUUUGUGAAAAAUCCAGCGCUAAAGAAGGACAUGGAUGAAGUCAAAGAAAAGAAGGAAGCAAACGAAAAGAAGGAUGUAAGCGAAAAGAAGGAUAGAAGCGAAAAGAAAGAAGUUAGCGAAAAGAAGGAUGAAAAGGCAGAAGUCCAAAAGAAAGAUGUAACCAAACAGAAUGAGGUAAACGAAAAGAAUACCGAUAAAAUAAACCUAAACAAAGAAGCAAUCAAAAAGGAUAAAGAAACGAACAAAAAAGUUAGCGAGAAGGUUAAAACGAAAACCGUAAAUAAAAUGCAAGAAACUAAAGUGAGUGUUGCACCGGUGAACGCUGAGGUGACGCAAGUAGCCUCAGCGAAUUCCAAACAGGAACUCGGCACUAAAAUUGGGAAGGAUAAUAUCGGAGCAAGCCAACCAGCAUGUGGCGCAGACUUAGGUGUGGUUGCAGAAACCGCUCUGUCCAAUUUUACACCCUCCAAAGCGCCAGCAAGUAUCUCCGAUGAGCCGAAGGAAGUAAACAUAACUCAAAAGCCAAUUGAAGCUGAAAUCUCUGUUGAGGCUGUCACUGCAAACCAAGAGUCUGGCAAGAGUAAGCCACAGAAACCAGUUGCAGACAAUGAAACGAAGGAAGAGAGCAAGCCUGACAAAGGCGAGGGUGAAUCUCCUUCAACCACUCCAUCAUUAUUUUCAGAUAACCUCGGCAGUGCUACAAUACCAGCGCGUAUUUUGAGACGACGCAACACAAUGGUUGUGCGCGGUAGUCUACCGGAAGUGGAUAAAGAUAAGAUCUUUCCCUUCAAGUCGUUGGUGUAUGAAGAUAUACAAGGCGCAAAAGAGGAGGAACGCCGGAAGGAAAUUGACGCUAUGCUGCCUAAAAAGAACAAGUGUCUGGCGGAAAUGUUCCAGAGAACCGACGAUAACUGCAAGGUUUCAACACAGAAUAUAAUUUCCGGCAAGCGUCGCACACGCACUAACGUAAACUUUAAUGAAGUGCAACGUACUUUGGAAGUUUUCCAACACAAACGACGUAGCGAGCCGUUGAAACCGCCCAGCGAGAAAGCGUCACCAGUGGUAAAGAAAACGCCACCCAAAGGAGGAAAGAAAGGCCCCAAGAGUAGAGUGAAGACGGAAACUAACGAAACCGGUAGUGACCAGGUGACAGAGGAUGUAGAGAUUACUGAGCAGGUGGAGGCCGAAGAAACUGAAAAGAAAAAGCGCUCCGUCACCGCGAAAACAAUAAAACAGGAAAAACUGGCUGAUGAAGAAAAACCUAAUAAAUGCGCUACAGGAAGGAAAUCAAAUGUGGCUGCGAACGCACAACCCUUAGAAGAAGCAGAUACCGCUAAACCAUCGCCAGCCGCGAAAGCAGUUGGAAAGUCAGCAAAGCCUAGUAGAAUUGACGUGCUAAUGGACGAAGAUGCACAAAAACGACACUUGCUGGAAAGCUUCGUACAGGACAUACUAAACCCAAAAAAGGAUAAAGCACAAAUUUUCAGUUUAUUGUCGCAAAUUCUCAGCGAAGACAACCUGAAAUUCGUAAAAGAGAUUGUAGAAACACAGGCAGAGAAAAAUUCGGCACAGCUUGAAGAAGCUCACGAGGACGAGGCCGGUGAAAAUGAAAGUGUUGCAUCAGCAUGUGAAGACUUGCAGAAACCGGAAGAUGUCUUAGACAAGAAGGAAGGCGAAAGUGAUGCCAUAAAUGUAGCAAAACCGCCAAAAGCCAAAAGAAAGUAUAAGAAUGAGCUGGAUCGUCUAAACGAGGACAUACGCACCAUGUUUAUAAGUCAAGGUGUUCUAACGGCCACUGGGCGUCGCAUGUGCACGCUGGUUGCAGCCGCAGAGCAGGCGGAUAAAGUUGAUGAUGCAAAGGAUGUUACUGAAAAACCGAGUCAAACUGCAGUGGCUGCUGAAGUGAACGACACGCCGGUAGUAAUGCCUGCAAUACCGCGCAUACGUAAAGCCAAGGUUGUGUUGAAGCAAUUGAAUGUCAAUGAUUUUCAAAGGCGGUCAAAGAGGAACAGAAAAGGAAAUAAUGUGGAAGCGAAUGACAGCGCAGAUGAACUUGAGAGUGAAGUGAAUAGCAUUUCGAAAACUGAUAAAACACCACCGCGAAAAAUGCCUGUACUAAAACCCCAUACGCCGAUAAAACAAUCGGAAGUAGAAGACGAUUCUUCAGAUGAGCCGUCUGAGGAGCCAGCCGCUAAGAAGGUCAAGGUAGACGUUAAAGCGAAGCAAUCCAAACCAGGACCGAAAAGUAAGAAACCGAAAGAGGCCUUGUUAUCCGAUGACGAGGAAGUUGUUGCCGAAAGCGACCAUGCCUUGGAGAAUGCUAACGACUCCGCCUCUAAGUCUGCUCCUUUAAAGAAUGCUAACGACUCCGCCUCUAAGUCUGCUCCUUUAAAGAAUACCAAUAAAGAAUGGCAUUCGCAAUCGAAGUGGACUAAAUGGUGUGUGAUAUGUGAUACGAAAAUCAAUUUUCCAGCUACACAUUACAAGGGCAACCACGGCGAAUACUAUGCAUCGCGACUUUCGCCUGAGAUUUUGGAAAAAAUGAAGGCGGGAAAAAUGUCUAAACCCUUCUUCGGUGUAAACCAUAAGAAAUUCAUGUACUGGUCAUAUCGUUGCCCCUUUUGCCUGCAGCACAAUCGCACGGUACAGAGCAGCUGGACAGAGCAUUUCAUAACGCAUACAGGCGAAUACCUCUUUGAAUGUAGUGAUUGUCAUCGACCUUCAUCCAAAGCAAACCAGCUAGACACUCAUACGAAGACAGUGUGCGUUGGCGCGACUGUAGUGCGUAAGAACUCGAUGCCACACGGUCCAGUGUUGACAGGACAUGUCUGUCACCUAUGUAAUUACAUACAGCUAAACAGACAGAAUCUAGACGAUCACUAUAUCAAUCAGCAUGGUAAGGCCAAAUCGAAAAUCGCUAAACUCGGCUACACAAUUGAUUUGUUCGAUAUCAGAGACGUGGAAAAUGUGGACGCUUUGAAAGCAAUCGAGUUGGAAACAAAAAUUUUGAAUGAAGGUUUAGACAGAGAGGACAUCGAAGAAGCCAAAACUCAGGAGGAGACCAACGAAGAGGACGAGGAAAGUAACGCUGCAUUGGAGGAGCCAAACUCCCCGAAAAGUGAUAACGAAAGCAUUGAUAGUGACGACUUACCAAUCGCAAAAAGUGUGCAGUGCAAGCAGAACUCCGAUGUAAAGAAGUCAGCUGUCGAGAAGGCUUUGAACUCCAAUGUAUUUGUGCCCACACGCGAGACAAAUGAGUCACCCACUAUGAAUAAUUUCGCGCAAAGCUUGUUUACUAUAUCACAUGAACAGCCGGUAACUGGAAUUGAUGGCGUUGCAUCUGCUGUCGGCGGCGUAGCUGGUGGCAGCAUAUCGAUGGCAGAACGCUUAAGCCAGAGAUUCAAAAGUAUAAAAAGCGGGAAAGUAUCCAUGGCGAACACCAACAGCAGCCCCAAACCAGCAGUGCCUCGCAUCACACCGACCACAGCCAGCACAACAAAAAGCACGCUAAAUGUCGUAACGUCCCCGCUAGCACAGACAGCAGCACCACGUGUCGAAGCGCCUACCAUCCUUCAUGUUGCGAAUGCACCACAGACUCAAAACAAAAGUUGUACAACCACUAACACUGCUACUGUAGAUCCUUUAUGUACCGAAAAGUCCACGGUACGGCCAGAGUUAAAUCCCUCAACGGAAACAGCCUUCUCUACCAAUACGGGAAGCGUCUGCCUGGCCACUGAAAAGCGAGUUACAGAUGUAGUAACUUCUUCUGCGAUUGAAACCGCUGUCGAUUCACCAGCUGAAGAUGACGAUGAUAACUGGGAAGAUAUUGAAAUAACCGAGUCUGCACCGAGCACGUCGUCGUCUGUGGUUUCGACUGCGUCAAGCGCCAUCAACAGUAAAAACAGUAAAUCUAGCAAGAAGAAUGUGUUGCAUAAGUUAAAUCGGCUAUACGCGACGAAUACGAAAUUAAAGAGAAGUUUAUCAAUCACCAUUGGUAGCAAAAGGAAGCCGACGGAAGAAAGGAAGGAUGGGGAACCUAGUAAGGCGGCAAGUAAAGAGAACGCUACCCACAACGUCGUAGUAAAUGUGAGCAAUAACAAUGUAGAGGUAGCGGCUCAACCUACAGCCGCACCUCUACCUUCAACUCCGGCGCCAGUUACACCUGCAACUCCAACUCCAGCUCCGCCUGCAACUCCAACUCCAGCUCCAGUUACGCCUGCAACUCCAACUCCAGCUCCAGUUCAUAUUUCCAAUGUAGAGCUGAGAAGCGGGCCAACGAUUUUGGCACAUGUGCCACCGCUUAGUGAUGAACCUAACCUCGGCUUUCGUCCACUUAUUACCAAUUUGGCUGACUUAUUGCCCGACUCACCGCUGAAUGAUCCAAUAGAGUUGGUACCAGAGUUAACACCCAUGGAAUCGUUGCAGGACCUCCGUGAUGUUUCGUCCAUACUAAAUUCCGAUUACAUGUCAGACAAUUGGGAGGCAAAUGCUACGCCCAUGCAUUUAGAUAACGAUAGUCAACAAGCGGAUAUGCAGGAGGCAUUGGACUUUGUAAACGAACAACAGCAAGAACAAAGUAGGAUAGUGGCCACUACUGCAGCCGCCAAUGAGAUCGGUCCGCUGAUGGCUUUGACAUCAAUACACCGCAUAGAAAAUAUCGGCUAUUCGAAAUCCAUCGAUGAUAAUACUUUCAAAUUUUACUGUCUUUCCGAGAAUUGCACAUUUCUCUAUUCGAGUGAGGCAAUUGGCCUUGAAACCCAUUUCAGUUGUGAACACAAGCAGAGCACUUGGAAUGGCUAUUGUCACAGUUGCAAAGCACAAGUUGAAGGCGAUGCUGGUUUGGGAAAUAAGUUCCCGCUUUCCGUCGAAUUGAAUCACAUGCGUACGAAGCAUUUAGCGUCACCGAUCCUCACUCCUCUACCUGCAGUAGAAGAGUUAAAACAGCCAUCCAAGUCUAAUUCGCCAGGACUUGAUGAUGAUAGACCGCGUAUUAAGAUUAGACGCUUGACGGGCGAUUGUCUAUCGACAACGCCGACACCCACUUCGGCGCAAGGUUCCAAGCCAGUAACUGUAUUCGAUGAAAACGCGCAGCAGGUCGAAUUGACAACCAUAGAAAGAUCGCCUUCACCGGCGAUCUCAACUUCAUUCCUAAACCAAAUACAACCGCCAGCAGUAGAGAAACCAAUUGAGAAUAGACACUUUCAAAAUAUUGGCGCCCAAGAUGGUCGUUCGCCUAGUAAGGAAAUCCCUUCUGCUACAGUGGAAGCUCAAGCUUCAACACCGCCAUGCCAACUACAAAUAGCCAGUGUGGUUAGCUUGAAGGAAAACAACGCCCCUCCACCAACCACACCUAGCGUACAGCUGCCAGUCAUAUCAAAUGUUUGCAGCUUAAAUUCCCGCUCCAACGCAUCACCAACAAAUAACACAGGCUCCCUUUGGGCUCAACACAUAGCUGAGGAACGCGCCGAGCUGGAACGUUCGGCUUCCGAGUCUUUGGAAGUAUCGCGCAUACUUGCCAGGAACAGGCGUUCCGAGCGUGAUAGCGGUGCUGAUAGAAACUCGGUCACAAGUGACUCGCCGGAACCGCAAGUAGUCGCUGAAACUGUGCCUGUUGGACAAGCAACUACUGGCAGUUACCUUAUAACCCAAACAGUUUCGGCUCAAUAUGAAGAAGGACGUUUGGGUUUUAAUAUCUCAAUUGCAGCGAAUCCUUCAGCACGUAUAAGUCGUUCGGAUUCGGGUAGCAGCACGAGCACCUCAUCAGUUGUUGUACCAACGGCACCACAAUUUAAGUGCAUGGCAAAUGGCUGUAAAUAUCAGACGCGCUUACCACUGGCCAUGGGCGAUCAUUUGCAAUUCCAUGACCGUCAAAACUUCAGCGCCCAACGUGAGUAUCUGCGUUGCUCGCAAUGCUCAUUUUUAGCUGAAGAUGUGGAUGGAUUUAUGCAGCAUACCGAUCAAAAGCAUGGUAUGUUGAUGAGAAGCGCUUCAGAUACAGGAACGAUAAGGGACAUACUGCGUAACCCGGAUAGCAAUGGUAGUCAACAGGGUGCGAGUGAAAACGCAACUACCAGUACUGGGGCGAGCAACUACCAGCGCUGGGGGAAGAAAGAGACUUUCACUCAAGAAACAUGGGAAACUGCACUUAAGGACAUUGUUUCAGCAACUGGUGUGCCAGACUCGAAACUUUUCCGCUGCACCAUUGAGGAUUGCAAGACAAAACUAACCGAAGCGAGCUAUUAUUCACAUGUCGUUUAUCAUCUAUCCACCCUGGGCCAGAUAAAUAUUAAUGCCCACACCUACAAGUGCCCACAUUGUAAGUGUACCUUUAAUAAGCCACAAAAGAUCAAGACGCAUAUAAAAUCACACGGUAUACACAGAUAUUUCUGUUAUAUGUGCACAAAUACCGCCAUUAACAUUGAACAAAUGCAAAAACAUUUUGAGGACAAACAUUGGCGUUGUAAGAAAUUACGUCCCACUCUAUUGCCUUUUAAAGCGACAGAUAAACAAAGUUCAAGCAAUUCAUACUAUGUGAUAUUCACAACAACUCUAAGUCAAUAUGAGAUUCAACAGUUUCGUGAGAAACUGAUUGUCGAAUGGCAACGCAAGAAAUCCAGUUCGCGCACACAUUUCAAACCGAGCGAAAUCGGCUUAUUGCCGCUAACACCGAUAUUUGAUAAAAUACUAAAUUGUGCCGUUUGCCCAUAUAAAACAAAGGUACGCACGAAUUUAAUGCGUCAUUUGCAAAUGCACACCGACGACAGCAAUUGUGGUCCACAGCAAUUGACCAAUUUGGUUGAUCCAAUCAAUCCGGUACCAUGCUUGAAGUCGAACGAGAAACAUUUCGAUAGAAUGACAAAUCUGGCAUCAUCUUCUUUGGUGGUGGGCAGCAGCUCAACCGGAAAUGCGACAAGCACUGCUAAUGAUGGUAACAACGCGCCAACCAUUGGCGUUAAGGGCAAAGUACUUUACGCAUAUAUACCGGAUACGAAACGUUAUACCUGCGGUGUUAGCAAUUGUCAAUAUUUGACAAUAUCGGAUGAUAUUUUCCGAUCGCAUUUGAAUGCGUUGCACGGUGAUAUUUUGAAUUAUAAUUGCCCGCAUUGCAAGGAAGAGAUCUGUAAGCGUAACUUGUCGAUUGAACGGAUUCUAAAUCACUUACGUUUUCAUGGACCGAAAUUGUAUCAGUGUGAAUCCUGUGGGUACUUGCAUUACAUGAAAAAUGUGGUUGAUCGGCAUAUACGACAGCAUGAUGUAGAUCCGCCGUUAUUCGUGAAGGUGAUCGAGUACGAUCGGACGAAAGAGAAUGCAGCCAAAAACCCCGAUAGCACGGUAACUUCCGCAACACCAAUGACAACCACAGGAGCCGCCGCUAAAUCCGAAGCGCUAAAAUCCAAAGGCGGCAAACAGAACAAAUGGUCGUGUAAUUUGUGUGGCCACAAAACAAUGACACACCAACAAAUCGUUGCGCAUGCAACAUCUCAACAUUCCUGCAAACACCAAUAUCAAUGUAUGCAUUGCGCAUUUACAGCGCCACAAUUGGUGCAAGUGAUGACACAUAUCGAUGAGAAGCAUUCGGGUAAAAAGCGUGAAGCGCGUUAUGUUUUCGAAAAGCUAGAGGAGCAGGAAGAUAGUAAUAGCAGUGCGAAGGCGAUUGAUACGCGUCCGCUCUGGCAAAGGGACGAUCCGACACGUGUACGACACAUACGCGGCAUACUUAUGGAGGAUGAGGAAGAAUCUGAACGCUAUCAAAAGCGUUUAUGUUUGGAUGAUAAUGAUGAGGGAACGGAAAAUGGCGAUAGUGAUGAGAAUUUAAAUUUAGAACAAUUUGGAUUUCUUUGCUACUAUUGCAAUACUAAAUUUCCAAACUUCGAGGAUUUGCGUGAUAAACAUUGGCAAAGUUCCGGUUGCCAAAAAUUUGAUACAAUGAAACCAUUCCGCUAUCGUAUUUGUACGACGCUCAAAUGCCCACAUUGUCUUUCGUUUACGGGCAACAGUAUUGAAUUGAUAGCUCACAUGAAAGAGAUGCACCAGGCAACUAAAUAUUUAGCUGCCGACGCAUAUGCCACAUCAGCUGGUUUGACUUGUGGCCAUUGUGAGUAUCGAGGCCAAUCGUUGGCGCACUUAGCACAGCACACAACGCGUUUGCGCCACAAACCUUUGGAUUUAAAAGUCAUGUCGCUGGCACAGCUCGAAAAAUUGAAAACUCUGGGUUCCCCUUUAACAUACGUCCAAUGCUUAAGUUGCAUGGAAUUGCUCGCCAAUGAGGCUGGUUUUGUGGAGCAUACAUCAUUGGCGCACCCAAAUGAGUGUGAUAUUAAAUCGCAGAUAAUAGAGAGUAAACUAAUCUACUCGUGUCCGAUAUGCCCAUUCACGUCGCAACAGGAAAUGACCGUCUUGCGACAUAUGAUCGAUCAUUAUAGCGGUUUUAAGCGUUGCUACUUCUGCACACAGCCACAGUCCUCUUUCAAUGGUUACAUGCAACAUUGUUACUCGGAUCAUCGUGAAGAGAUAAAGAAUUUCUGCUAUAUCUAUACUAGCGCCGAAAUCAGUAGAUACCUGCAGCAGCUGCAGUUGAUAUUCCCCAAUGGUUUGACGGUAGAUCUAUGCAAUCUACGCUUAACGCAAUACCUAAAAGAGUAUGGAAACAAGCAGAUUAAAUUGCUCUACGAUGAGAUACAGAAAACGUCACAGCAGCCACCAAUACCGCGUCUCUCGUUGGGACGUUUAGUCGCUAGAAAAUCCAUCGAAGCUAAAAUGGCUGAAACCGGCGCAAACUCACCAACCUCCACAGUAUCAGCCUCAUCCUCGACCACAGCGGCCUUGCAGCUGGCUGGCAAUAAUGCUAAGGCAUUGCAACCAACUUUAACCGCACAAAAAAUUAUGAAACGUCGCAGCACGAUUGCAUUAGGUAGAGAUGAGUCUGUUAUGAUGCGCUUAGCGGUUAGCUCCCCAACGGGUGAACCGACUGGGAUUUUGUUCAGCAAUAAAAAGAGGAAGACGCUACACAAUUUGGAGGUACUACCACCUCCGACUGCUGUGGUUAGAGAGAAUGUCGUGAUGGACGAUAGCGAGAAUUCCAACUUUAGCAUCGUAAGCGAUAGUGAAACAUCGCAAGCGGAGCAGCAGCAAUUGCAACCGUUUAGCUACUAUGGAAAGCCAAUAGUGCCAUUGGAUUUGAAUAAAAUAUUUAUCAAGAUCGCGGCAGCAGAUACUGUGCAGACGAGAAUCACCAUAUCGAAGUUCAAAUUGCUGUACAACAUAACGCCGCGCGUAGUUGUGACGCCCACAGAUAUGACAAAGUACCGUAAAGCAGCUGGAAAGAAACGUAAAACAAUAAAACCCUGUCCGUUGAGUCAUAAGAUCAGAUACAGUUGAGCGGUGAAAUUACAAAUGUACGUAAGUGGUGGAGUUGUGUAACAUACUUAUUGCACAACAACAGGAUUUGAAUAAGACCAUGUUCCUUCGUGAUAUUUAAGCAGCAAAUGUGCUACUAAGCAUACGAAAGUGGUAAACUACUCGUUUAGGUUAUGUUUCGUCGAUAAAAAAAAUAAAAAAAAUAAAAUAAAAUGUAACACAUAAAUAAGUACUUUCAAAAAGUUACUUAAGUAAUUAAUUACCGAUUAAGUAAGCUGAAAUUCCUAUUUUUGUAUAUGUACGUAUGUAUGUAACAACGCGCGAAGUGAAUACUUACAUUUUUGUGGAUUUGCAGAUUAGGCGGAACUGAUUAUUUAUAGUCAAACUUAUAUGAGAAAGACAUGAAUGUAAUUUAAUUAUAUCUAAGAGUAAGGUACCGUAAUUAUUUUCAAUUAACAUUAUUACAAAUGGUAAACAUAUUUUAAUUAUUAAAGUACAUAUACAUACAUAAUGCUCCAAACGCAUAUCGUUUCACAGUCGAAACGCGUAGUUAAAGCUUGUCUUUGUUUUACUUUUAGUUUUAUAACAAAUAAAGAUUUUAUGUUUAAUUUA